AUGGCUGCUCCCGAUAACCCCAUCGAGCCGCCUGGCAGAAACCCAGACGCUGGCGAUCAGUUGAAGAGCUGGCUCCGAUUGUUGGCCCCUACAAAGGUUGACCUCGUCGGCGACUUCGCCGGCAAAGAGCUCUUUGCCAUUCAUGGAGAGGCCCUGCUUGCACAUUGUCUCCAUUCCAUGAAAGUCGACUUUGACUAUGGCUUCCAGAUUCUCCAUGCCGUUCACGCUGUUGAGGCUCUCCUCUUGAGGCUGCGUGAUCGAGGAUGUAACUUCCACGUCCUCUGGUUCGAUCGAGAAUAUCAACUAUCCAUCCCCACGGAAACUUCAGUCGAGACGGCCUAUAAAUACCAGCUCACUCGAAAAGUCGUCAUCCAGCACUUCGCUCACGCACAGACGGGCAACCAACCCGUUUUCAGCUUUGUUUUCCCUAGUUUGGACAGCGAUUCUUUCACGCAAUAUCUCGAAGAACAUCAUCCUGCCCUAGUCCUGGGAUCCGAUGGUACAACACCGUGGUGGACGGCUGGCCCAGAACUUCUGACGCCCCUCCAUACGCUGUACCGUAUCAAUUCGGCAGGAUAUCAUGUCGCCUGCGUCGAGCAUCUGGAGUUCAAGGCCUCAAAGGUUUUCCUACCGAUUGCCUCUCCUAGAGGAGCGCAGCGAUCGCUCAAUGGCGAUGCCCUUUCUCCGUCUCCCGACGCUUCCCCCGCUGAGGACAACAUUGGAGAUCGUCUUGCAGUCCUGAUCAAGGAGCACAAUCUGACUGCCCGAGAAAUCAUAUCUCUGUAUUCAUUGGCUCAUGUGCUUGGACAGUCCAAUGAUAAUGAGGCCAACGAUGUUGGAAAACAGGUUACGGCGCUACUCCUCCAAGUAGUUGUUCUGAGACAAUGCAGUAUUACAGGCCGGAGCUUUGAACCACAAGGCUCGGGGCUGGAGUCGGGCAGCGCCGCCAACUCUUUCGUUUGUUCCUUGUCUGAGCCAGCGCAGCGCAUUCUUGGCUCCUGGAGUUCAGGACCGUUCGCAGACUCAGCAUGGGACGCGUUCGAUCUCUUUGACGGGCGGCUCUACCUGGCAUUGCUCCAUUCUCUGGACAACAUACACUUGCCCGGCGCUCUUCAAGAAGAGCUUCAACAACUCGGUGGGCUACUCGAGCAUCUUUGUGGGUACAACGUCACUGCCCAGUUGCCAGCAAAUUUGACAGAUGCCAAUGGAGGAGAGGCUGGCCUGAAGAACGCCGACCGCCAACCUGAACAGUCCACACCGUCGUUCCCCGUAUUGCCUUUCAGCCAUCCGGUACUGGACGAGUUUCUCACUUCAGUGCACCUACGCACGGAAGCUGGCACCGCCCCACCAGUUAAGAACAAAGUUCACAAGGAACUGACACACUGGCACAACAGAAAGCCAAUUGACCCUAAGCAGCCGCCCAAGGCUCUUGACUUUAAGGCAAGACGGCGAAACCAACGCUUCAUGGCCGACAUCAUUGCCUACUCUGCUAGUCUUACCGGUGUAUCUGGGAAAAUUAUCGAGCCGGAAACCGUUGUUGUCCGCACUGCGGUCGAGCAAAGCAAGCCCGCUAGUAAGCAACCAGUGCACAAGGGCAAGAAGCUGCCUGUCAAUCCCAAGAAACCCGUGCAAAAGAGUGGCAAGCAAAAGGCUCUUGAAGAGGCAGAACUACGCAGGGCGGCCAAGUUCCAGGACAAGUCGCCAGCAAUCAUUACCUUCUGGAAAGAAAGUCCAGUACAUUUGUCUGUGAUCGGGUCGGAAGUCUCGCUGUAUCUCUGCAACGUUCUUCGCCAAACUCAAGCUCGUUAUAAUCCGGCCACAAUAACUCACUCCUCUGUUCUGGCGAUGCUCUGGUCCCAAAUCCAGGAGACCGCCAGGUUGACCAUGACUGAAGAAGUCCACACUCUUGUGACCAGAGUUCUGCAGUCUUUCAAGCUGCCCGUCGACAAGCUCUCGGAGCCCCUUCCAAAGAGAAAGAUGCCAUUCGAGUUCCUGGAUGUAGAGAAGAACACGGAUCUACUGCCUCCCGGAAAGUCUUCCCUUGAAUUCCAGCUCGAAUCUUGCGGACCAUACUUCGAUCGAAGCUUCGACUCCGCGCCGGAUCCUCGUGUGUCUUUUGAGCCCGAUGCGUGGCAGAGAAAGGUACUUGAUGCUAUCGAUGAGGACAAGAGUCUACUCGUGGUUGCCCCAACGUCGGCUGGUAAGACGUUCAUCUCUUUCUAUGCCAUGAAAAAGAUCCUCGAAGCCAACAAUGACGAUGUACUUGUGUACAUUGCUCCCACAAAAGCUCUCGUCAAUCAGAUUGCGGCCGAGAUCCAAGCCCGGUUCUCGAAGCGAUAUGAUCAAGAUGCCAAGUCUGUCUGGGCUAUUCAUACCAGGGACUACCGCAUCAAUAAUGUGAAAGGAUGCCAGAUCCUUGUAACGGUCCCCGACAUUUUGCAGAUUCUCCUGCUGUCUCCUUCCAAUGCGGCUGGCCCGACGUCUUUUGCCAGGAGAAUCAAGAGGAUCAUUUUCGAUGAGGUUCACUGCAUUGGCCAGUCCGAAGAGGGACUUGUCUGGGAGCAGCUUCUGCUUCUUGCACCAUGCCCCAUCAUUGCUCUGUCGGCUACCGUAGGAAACCCUCUCGAAUUCAGAGACUGGCUUCGCAAUGCUCAAAAGGCGAAGGGGCAUGAGUUGGAGAUGGUGGUACACACAUCCAGGUACUCCGAUCUCCGCAAGUUCAUUCACGACCCGGCUCCGGGCACAUAUGAGUUCACAGGCUUUGAGCCCGUUGAACGCCUUCCAUUCCCAGGACUUGACUCUGAUUGCGAGAGUCCGUUGCCUUUCUUGUUCUUACAUCCAGUCGCAGGCAUCAUUGACAGGAGCCGGGACACUCUGAACGAUGCCAGUCUUGAACCGCGAGACUGUAUCGAGCUUUGGAGACAUAUGACCAAGUAUCAGAAUGGCAAGUAUCAAGUUCCAAAGUCACUGGAUCCUGAGAAGGUGUUGCCGUCACUCGUCAAGAAAUCCGAUAUCACCAAGUGGGAAUCAGCUCUCAAAGAUGUCUUGGCUAGCUGGAUGCUUGACCCCAAUUCUCCGUUCGAGGAACUUCGAAGCAAUUUCCGUGGUGAAAGGUUUGCUCGGUUGUCGUCCACGUACGGCCAACUCGAGUCUGGCGACACGUCGCCUACUCAAUCUGGAGCUGUUGUAUCCAGACGUUCCGUUUUCUCUCUUGUCACCGAUCUCAGGUCACAUGGAGCAUUGCCUGCCAUUCUCUUCAACUACGAUCGGGUGGGCUGUGAGACCAUUCUUCAAGAACUCAACAACAUUCUUGAGGCUGCGGAAGCAGCAUAUAAGCAAAGCAACCCAGAGUGGCUGAAGAAGCUGGAGGCUUAUGAAGAAUGGAAGAAAUACCGUGAGGCUGCCAAGCUGAAGGAGGCAAAGCUCAAGGACACCAAGAAGUCCCGGUCGAGGAAUGAUGACGACGAUGGCGCAACGAAAGGAGACCGAGCCCGCGACGAGGCCAAUCGGGAACUGAGUGCUUGGGAUAGCUUCGACCCAGCAGCCCCUCUUCCGCAAUUCGGGUUUGCAGACAACACUAAGCUCACACAGCAAGAGCUUAACGCGCGAUUGGAACCCCUCACGUGGAAAGCAGACAUCGUCCGUCCCUGGAUCUUGGCUGCACUCUAUCGCGGAAUUGGCGUGCACCAUGCCGGUAUGAACCGUCAAUACAGACAAAUUGUCGAGGUGCUUUUCCGUAAAGGCUUUUUGACGGUAAUUGUCGCAACCGGAACACUUGCAAUGGGUCUCAACAUGCCUUGUAAGACUGUUGUCUUCACCGGAGAUUCAGUUUACCUGAGCGCACUGAACUACCGCCAGGCCUCUGGUCGUGCUGGCCGACGUGGCUUUGACAUCCUUGGAAACGUUAUCUUCCACGACAUUCAUCCGCACCGGGUCCUCGAGAUCAUGUCUGCCAAGCUUCCUGAUCUUCGCGGACAGUUUCCUACAUCGGUCUCCCUCAUCCUGCGGCUUUUCACACUCCUAGACGGAACAGACAACUCCGAGUUUGCGGUCAACGCUGUAAACUCCCUCUUGAUGCAAAGCAGACUUUACUUGGGUGGGCCUGAUGCGAAGAUGUCGAUUGCUCAUCACCUUAGAUUCUCCAUCGACUAUCUCCGACGCCAACACCUAUUGUCCGAACAUGGUGUCCCGCUCAACUUCGCUGGCCUUGUGGGACAUUUGUACUACACUGAGAAUGCAGUCUUUGCAUUCCAUUCCCUUCUUAAUGACGGGUACUUCCACGACCUGUGUUCUAGCAACCGAAGCCAGCAGGAAAUUAUCCUCGAACUCGUGCUUGUCUUGAGCCACUUGUUCUGUCGCCAAGCUUGCGUCCAGUACAAAGACGAAGAGUUCCUCAAGCGUUUGCAUCGCUCUCCAUCGGUUGGAAUUCUCCCAGAUCUCCCCCAGAAAGCGAGUGAGCUUCUAGAGCGCCACAACCAGCAGACCUUGUCCGUUUUCCAGAACUAUGUCAGAUCUUACGCCGAUCAGCAUCUGGCUGGCACACCCGAUAACUGCCUUCCGUUGACCGAUUACAAGGUGGGUACUGUCCAGGAUCAGCCGAUGUUGGACCUUUCAGCCAUACUUCCUGCGUCGGACUCACCUCGGACACCUACCGUUGUUCGAUCGCCAUUCUCUGCACUCUCUGGCCUUACAGACGAGUUUGGCAGCAUUCACGAGCUGUGUGAGACUGUCCGCUCGGGCGUUUUCCUCGAAGAGUCCGCAGUCCCAUACAUUCCGAUCGCACCCAAGGAAACGAAUGGUGUACCCUUGAACGCCUACAUCUACGACUUUUUCAAGCAUGGAGAUAUGGAGGCACUCAAGGAGUUUAACAUGAUCAAGGGGGGUGAUGUCUGGUACUUCUUGAAAGACUUUUCACUCAUUCUUUCCAGCAUUUUGACGAGCUUCGCCAACUUUUUGGAUCUCCCAACGGAGGAUGGUGAGUUUGCCUUCGAGGAGGAGGACGAGAUGGCAGAGGAUGAUGCGCCUCACCUUAGCGGGGAUGAGGAAGAUGGCACGAAGAAUGAUAUCGUCAGCGCUCCCGCUCCGCCGCAGAAGGAACAGCAAAAGACCAAGCCGAAGAAGAAGGUGGUUGCUGAUUCAUGGGAUGAUGAGGAGAGUGAUGAAGACACAGAGGAAGAUACGGAAACGGCCCAUAACGGUUCGUCUGGUCCUCAGGGGCCCAGCUGGGCUGACGAUGAUGGUAAGUCAUUGACGGUGAUCUUCAAGACCUUCUUGGCACUUCGCACAGAGUUUGAGGAGAAGUUCCGCAAGACUUUCGCUUAA